AAAGUAAGAAGAAGACUCAAUAAAGAAUUUACUUUACUUUGGGCAGAAAUUCCAAAUACUGACAUGAAUUUUGUGAAUUUAAGUUUGUUUGAAAACUAUCAAAAAUAUAUUGAUAAUGAGCAAGAAAUGCGUGAGAAUAUACGCGUAGUCGUCAGAGAAAUUGAAUCUCUAGCCAAAGAAGCCACAAUCCAACUUCAAGUCAUUCACUGUGACCUGGAAAAAAUUGACUAUGCAUGUGCGGGUGCCCGGAAACAGAUCUCGGCUUGUGCAGAUAGCUAUAAAAAGUUGGCCGCAAUAAUACCUAUAGGACAGUACUAUAAAUAUUCGGAUCACUGGACCUUUAUAACGCAGCGUUUGGUAUUCAUUAUUGCAAUGGUUGUGUACUUAGAAGCUGGAUUUCUGGUGACACGUGAGACUGUUGCUGAACUCUUAGGAUUGAAAACUAAUCAAGCCGAGGGAUUCCAUUUGGACAUUGAAGACUAUCUUAUGGGCAUUUUGCAAAUGGCUUCGGAGCUAUCACGAUUUGCCACCAAUUCAGUUACCAUGGCUGAUUAUGAUCGGCCGCUGAAUAUCUCGCGUUUUAUGGCGGAUUUACAUUCUGGCUUUCGUUUACUAAACUUAAAAAAUGAUGGACUUCGCAAACGUUUCGAUGCUCUUAAAUAUGACGUUAAGAAAAUUGAAGAAGUUGUAUACGACAUAACUAUACGUGGGUUUCGAAAUGCUGGGGUUACCAAUGCGGCUGAACUACCAACGAGCACUUAAGAAAUUUUAUAUCGCUUAACAGCAUACCAAUAGUUUUAGCAUUAUUUCCACAUGAAUUGUUUCCCGAAUUACUACUGUCCUUUAACAUAUGCAAAUAAAUUUCAACCAUUUCCAUUGCAUGCA